AUGUCAAACAAACGUAAAUCUAACGCAAAAGAUGAAUCAACAGACUCUUCCCUCUCAGAUCUCGAGGAGCCCGUUGUAACCAAAAAACCUAACAAGUCAGGCGGCUCCACGAAGUCAUCACGCACAACUACAUCAGGCGGAGAUCAGUUAAUAGACUUGACUGGGAAAAAGUUUGCAUGCGUAAGAGAUUUCAGAGGAAAAGUAUUUGUCGAUAUAAGGGAGUACUAUGAAGAUAAAUCCAGUGGAGAAUUAAAACCUGGAAAGAAAGGAAUUUCUCUGAACUCGGAACAAUGGGAAUACUUAAAGAGCUCCAUUAGUGAAUUAGACGACGAUAUAAGGAAUCUGAGACGGUAA